GCCAGUUUUUUAUGCAGAAUGUAAACUCUGCCAUACACGGACACGGGAUGGAGACAGAGUCCUCCGUGUAUAUGUGCUUCCCCUGCUACCAGGAGUUCAACUCCUUGGAGGAAGUGCUUGUGCACCAGCUGACCUGCAGCUCUGAAGAUGAAAGAAGGGAAGUGUCCCCUACAGCUCCCCCUGACAUCCAGGCUGAGAACCACUCAGAGACACAGCCUGUUCUGUCCCUGCUGAAGCCCUGCGAUCAGCAAGUUCAGAACCAGAAUGGGACCUCCAUGGUGCUGCACAUCCCGGAGCAGCCGGCUCAGACGAACCAGAGCAAGGCCGGCGCCGGCUCGCUCAGCCAGAUACAGUACCAGUGCGCAGACUGCGGGUGUCUGUUCGAGUCGCUGGGCCUGUGGCAGCAGCACCGCAAGCUGGGCCAGUGCCACGCGACCGGAUCGGAACCCGGCGGAGAAGGGAAGGAGCAGGGGGAGGAGACGCCGGGCCCGGAGCGGGGUGCAGAGGAGGGAGGGGGAGGGGGAGGGGGAGAGGGGCCUCCCGGAGAGGCUGAGGAGGAGAGACGGCGGGAAGGGGCAGGCGAGGUGGGGGAGGAGGACAGCGGGGGAGCGAGGCAGAGGGAGGGGCGGGCGGGCGUGAAGACGGGGGCGGCGCAGACGGGGUGCGAGGAGCAGGAGCGAGCGGUGUGCCAGGAUCAUUCCUACCUGCCGGGCGCCGCAGGAGGGAGCGGGAACAGGGGUGUGGGCGGGGAGGAGGCGCUGGGGCAAGGAGCCGAAUCGGGGCGCGUCCCAGCAGCGGUGCGGGACGGCCCCUCCGCCCCCGAAAAGGAGCCGGACGACCGCCAGGAUGCGCCCGCCCACUCGGAAGAGCAGGAUUCGAGUUCGAAGAGGCGCGGGAUUCGGAAGAGCAAGCCCUCCGCGCCCCCCGUGUCGCGGCAGAACUUCCUGUGUGUGGACUGCGGGGCGGCGUUCAGCUUGGUGCCGGAGCUGGUGUCGCACCGCAGGGCUCAGCACGGCCUGGAGGGGGCGCUGCACCGCUGUCUGGUGUGCGGGGAGAGCUUCCUGAACACCACCCUCUUCCUGUAUCACCGCAAGCAGCACCGGAAGAGGGAGGGCGACGGACAGGGCCAGGACGGGGCGGGAGAAGGGAGCGAGACGGAGGUGGUAGAGGGACAGAACCCAGGUGACACAGGUGACCCAGGUGACACAGGUGACCCAGGUGACACAGGUGACGGUGCGUUUGAGAAUUCUGGUCCUGAUGAGCAGAUGUUAGAUAAGGAAACAGAGGUUGGGCAGGUUGCAUCAGAGGAGAGGGUAGGUGAGAUCCGAACCACACCGGAGAAUGAGUUGGCGGACUCCCAGAAUUCCCACCCAGACGGAGACGAGCAGGAUACGGACCCCGACAGUGCGGCCAGUGCUGCUGCCCCCCAGCCUCAGAACUUCCUGUGCGUGGACUGCGGGUCCAGCUUCAGCACCGAGCCAGAGCUGGUGCAGCACCGCAGGGCUCAGCACGACCUGAAGGAGGCGCUGCACCGCUGCUCCGAGUGUGGCGAGAGCUUCAUGAACACCACCCUCUACCUGUACCACCGCAGGAAGCACAGGGUGGGGGACGACAGGGGACAGGAGGGGGCCCUGGAUCAGUCAACGUCCCCCGGGGGGGUGGCGUGUCUGUCCUCUCCCCACGCGGCAACUUUGGGGGCAACAAAAAGGAAGAGUAGCCCAGGCCUGAUCUUGCUGCAUAAUAAGCUAAAAGCAGAGAACGGGAAAGAUGAGAGAGUGUUCCUCUACAAGGUGGCAGAGGGGGAGAACCAGGCCUCCGUGGCGGAUCCACAGCUGCUAGCAUCUCCCGCCAACACGGACCCGGCGUGCGACUCGGUGGCGGACGGCCUCCCGCCGCCCUCGAAGCUGAGCCGGGACUGGUCCCGCACGCCCCUGCCGCACGCCUGCCCCCACUGCGGCCGCACCUUCACCCGCCGCUGCCUGCUGCGGGCGCACGUCUUCACCCACACGGGUGAGAAGCUCUUCAGCUGCAAGGCCUGCGGCAAGUCCUUCUCCCGGCCCAGCAACCUGAUGCGACACUGCCGCACCCACUCCGGUGCCCGGCCCUUCGGCUGCGAGCGCUGCGGGAAGACCUUCUCCCACCCGGGCGCGCUCAAGCGGCACGAGCUCGUCCACCGCCGGGCCGAGGGGGAGGGGGACAGGGGGGACGGGGACGGGGGCGGGGGCGGACCCCCCCUGCCGCACCCCUGCCCCGACUGCCACGCCAGCUUCGCCACGCAGACGCAGCUGGAGAAGCACAGGCAAACCCACAUCGCUCCUGUCUUCUCCUGCUCUGACUGUGGCCAGUCCUUCAAGCGCAGAAAACAGCUGGAUCUCCACUCUCUCAUUCAUCAAGAGAAAGAGCCCAAGUCCUGCCCCAUCUGCUCGGCCCAGUUCCUGAACCAGUCGGUGCUGGAGAACCACAUGCAGCACUGUUCGGGGAAGGAGGACCGGAGCCGGGGCCGGGGGCGGGGCCAGGGGCGGGGCCGGAGCGUGGGUCAGCUGGAGUGUGACAUGUGCGGGCACUGCUGCGUGACGCAGGAGGGCCUGGACCUGCACCGGCUCUCGCACACGGGCCAGACGCCGCUGCGCUGCCCGCUCGCCCCCUGCCGCCGCCGCUUCGUCUCCGGCGCCGCCCUGGAGGAGCACGUCCUCGCCCACUGCCAGGGCGCCGUCGCCCCCAGGGGCCCGGCCGCCAAGCCCCGGCCCUACCGCUGCGAGCACUGCGGCAAGCAGUUCGCCUACGCCUCCACCUUCAACCUGCACAUGCGCAUCCACACGGGGGAGAGGCCCUACGAGUGCUCGCAGUGUGGGAAGCGCUUCCGGCAGAUUCCGCACCUGCAGGACCACGAGCGCAUCCACAGCGGCAUGCGGCCGUUCUGCUGCUGGGUGUGCGGCCGCAGCUUCACGGUGGCGGCGCGGCUGACAGAGCACGCCCGCACGCACAGCGGCGAGAAGCCCUUCUCCUGCCGCCUGUGCCACCGGGCCUUCCGCUCCCGCUCCAACCUGGACAAGCACAGCAAGAUCCACGGCCGGGACGCCUCCGCCGCCCUUACCGCCAAUGCCGCCAUCAAUGCCGCCGCCGUGGCCAAGGAGCCUGGCGGAGACCCCGGCCAGGAGGGCGAGGCCGCCGUGCGUACCAUCCUGCUGGUGCAGGCCCCCGCCCCCGCUGCGGAGAGCUCCGCCCCCACCGCGCUGUUCCACGGGGACCCCUCCUCCCUGGUCCUUCUGCACCCCUCGGUGUCCGUGGUCGGCGAGCAGGACGUCCAGCACACCAUCGAGUUCAUCAUCGAGGAGACGGUGUAG